CUGCAGUGUUACUCGACUUUUUGAAGGGGAGCCAAGUCAUCUUGUCCCAUCAGCUUCACACUUUCUGGUUGAAAGCGACCUCUUCCUCAUGGCGGGGAGGAUGAUGGGUCACUCCUUCCUCCACGGAGGACCUUGUCUGCCUGGCCUCAGCCCUGCCAUUGUUCAUGUUCUCCUUGGAGGCACUCCUGAAACGUGUACAGUCACCCUGGAGGACUGUCCUGACUUGGACAUCCGUGACACCAUCAGGCUUUUGGAAGGUGAGUCAAACCUGUCUGAGAAGGAUAAAGUAGAGAUACAGGAUUUGGCUUUUGCUUGGGACCUUCCUCCCCUGACUGAGGGCAACCGAAAAUGGCUUUUUGAAAAACUUUUAAUUCAUGCUGUGACUGGGCGAGUAAUAAGACAGAUUAAGCAACUCCGCCGGGGACUAAAAGAAACACCAAUAUGGACCAUGCUCACCCAGAGACCAGACACAGUAGAUUUGCUCCUCCCCACAGAGGAAGCAGGGAUUAUCUGCCCUCAGGUUCUUCUGCAGCGACUCAAAUGGCCACAGGCAGAUGAUGACGAUGACUGCCCAGUUGACACCAAAUGUCGUGUGUCUGGCUAUCUCCGGGAGUUUAUCACUACAGUAACACCAGCUGAACUGCAAAGCCUAGUCAAAUUCUGGACUGGCUGGGAGGUCUUGCCAUCGAGUCUGUCUGUAGAAGUGGGAGCAGGAAGAUAUAUUACUGCUUCAACCUGCUACGAGACCCUGCGCAUCCCAUGUCACUACAAAGAUAAUGCUGCGUUCCAGAGCGACAUGCUUGUUUCUAUCUCCACUUGCCACACAGGAUUUGGUUUGGUGUGAAUUGUUAUGUUCUCCUAAUGUUAAUGUUGAAAAGAUAUUUUGUCAUCUGUUCACAUGGAAGCAACUGGUUUGAGUUGCUCAGUCAAGAUUUUAUUACAAGC